AUGAGCGCCUCCAGCGUCACAUUGAAGCUUCCGAAGCGCCUGAGCGAUGAGGACAGGUCCGAGGAGCUACAGCACGCGAUAUCCAAGUGCAGCUGCAGGGACUUGCGGUCGUUCUGCCGGACGCUCGGCGUGCGCAUCAAACGCAAGAAGUACGAGGCGUACAACAACAAGGCCGGCUUCGCCAAGCUGCUGACCAAGAAACUGGCGUCAAGGACAGCGGCCAAACGUCGGGAUGAGACCCCGCCGAAUAAGGAGAGCUACUUGCAUCUCCUCAAACUGAUCCUCUCCGACGUCAUCCCGUCUCCUCUACUCGAAAAGCUCCUGGUCGAAGGAGAUGCUAAUGUUGGCGAUAGUGUUGGCGAUGCAGCGUGCGAAACUCGGAGCAAGGCAUCCCAGAAGAAGAAGAAGCAGCAGCGGGCUCCCAAGUCGUCGGCGAUCAAGAAAGCGAGUAGGUUGCUGAAGGAGAUUUUCCCGCCAGACUCGCAAGCUGCCAAGAUUGUCGGCGCCGAGUUAGUGCGAAGUCUGGAAUACUUCGAAACGAUCUGUCCACAAGAUGAUGAGGCAGACAGCGAUGAGUAG